AGCAUUAAAUAGCGCUAAUAGCGUCUCCUGAAAUGAAACCUUGAUAGAAACUAAAAAUCAAUAGAGUGCGGUACUACCUACAUACGGGAGAAAAUCGUUUGGGGGGAAGCAAUUUUGCGCUGAUUUUGAGGUUAUGUCGUUCAUAUCGCAACAUCCGUGGUGGCGGCCACCAACGGAGGUUCGUACGAGCUAUUUUCGUUGUGGCGAAAAGUUUUGCUAGUUGCAGGCGCCGCGCGUUACGCGUUAUAAUGUAUCUGAAUGCGAAGAGAGGCCAUCAGAGCGCCGUAAGAUAGUAGACAAAAAUGGGCAGGAGAAAGGCUUGUACAUUGUCAAAAGGUAAACAACACGAUCCGUCAUCGCAGCAGAAGCAUUUGUCCACGGCGAAAAGGAACGAGCUCAAUGCCCUGUGCGAGAAACUCUUCGAUCUAAGCAGCAACCCAGCGUACUUAACGCAAUUAUGGAACAACUACUUGGAUAUAUCGGAAGUUCUGCUGAAGGUUAAACGCCUGGAGGAAAUGAAGACCGAAUUGUCCCAGCGAUCCCUGGGGAUUGGACAAUUCAUAAAUUGGCUCAUUGAGAACAAAGCGCGUGUCGAUGGUGUGAGCAUUGCCGAUUUUCCGGGAUACGAUCUGGGACUGAAGGCAGAGGCUGAUUUUGUUCAGAAUCAAUUGAUCUUAGAGAUACCAAGGACUCUCAUUUUCAGCACACACACCGCAGCAUCAGAAUUGAUUGUUAUGCAGAAUGAUCCUUUAGUGCAGCACAUGCCUCAAGUGGCGUUAGCUCUGGCGCUUCUCAUAGAAAGACAUAAGGAGAACUCCAAAUGGAAGCCUUAUUUGGACAUGCUUCCAAAUACUUAUAACACAGUUUUAUAUAUGAAGGCUAAUGAUAUGAUCGAGCUUAAAGGCAGCCCUACGUUAGAGGCUGCGUUGAAGCAGUGCCGGAAUAUCGCAAGACAAUAUUCCUACUUUAGCAGAGUAUUUCAAAGCAAUAAUAACUCUGUCUCUGCGAUACUUAGAGAUAAUUUUACCUACGAAAGAUAUUGCUGGGCCGUUUCCACAGUGAUGACACGACAAAACUUGAUUCCGAGUCCGGACGGUUCGCGAAUGAUCCAUGCUUUAAUCCCCAUGUGGGACAUGUGCAAUCACGAGAAUGGGAGGAUUACGACAGAUUUCAACGCGUCGUCGGAUCGCUGCGAGUGUUACGCGUUGAGAGAUUUCAAAAAAGGGGAGCAAAUAUUUAUAAGUUACGGACCGAGGACGAACUCCGAUUUCUUCGUGCACUCGGGCUUUGUCUACAUGGAUAACGACCAAGAUGGUUUUAAACUUCGCCUUGGCAUUAGUAAAGCGGAUUCUCUUCAGAAAGAACGAAUAGAAUUAUUAGACAAACUAAAUCUGCCGUCGGUAGGGGAAUUUUUGUUGAAACCGGGCGCACAACCCGUCUCUGACACGCUAUUAGCCUUUUUGCGGGUGUUCAGCAUGCGAAAAGCCGAGCUGACGCAUUGGCUGCACUCAGACAAGGUCUUUGACCUGAAGUGUAUGGACUGUGUACUGGAGACGGUCGUUGAAGAGAACGUAAGAAAAUUUCUGCUGACCAGGCUGCAGCUCUUAAUCGCUAAUUACCCGACGACACUGAAGGAGGAUCUAGAAUUAUUGGAGCUUACGUUGCCACAGGUAAAAAAAAUGGCCGUUCAGCUGAGAGUUACUGAAAAAAGGAUUCUUUUGGGUGCGCUUGACUAUGUGGAGCAGUGGACAAAGGCUUGAAAGAAUCGGCUGGAACUACGAUUGAAAGGAUCUUUCGAAAGAAAUCAAUUUUAUUUUUACAAAUUUUCGAAAGACGAUUUUUUCAAGUAUAAAAGUAAAAUAUAAAGGC